AUGGCAGCUGGUGGAAAUAUACUUGCCCUCAUAACCAAAUGGCUUGGAUUCAUUUGCGGGAUCCUGACCGUCAUUCUGUGGUGUUUCCAGUUGUCAUCUGCAAGGCCGUCUAUCUCAGUUUCCGAUUCCGACUUCCUUGCUGAUGUUAACAAAGGCAACUGGCGCAUGGCAUUAUUUUCCUUUGUUCCCAAUGUGUUUGUCGACAUCUGGACUCCCUUCGUCAUGGGUGCGGUCUCCAUUCUCUGCCAUGUGCGCAUGUUCCACCUCGAAUUCAUCACAGUCAAUUUCGCUCACUUUUUCGCGUGGAACUUUAUCAUGGCCUUGUUCGGUAACAUCGGGUACGCCGGAGGCGUUGGUAUCAUCGUCGCAUCAUUCACGCUUUUAACGACACUGCUGAGCUUAAUUUGCAUUAUCGUGUGCAACGAGAAUGCCAGCCUUCAGCUCGGCUGA